AUGGCAGCGUCAGCCUCCAGCAGCAGAGAGGACCUGGCCCCGUACUCCGGGAGCCUCGAUACAUAUGAAUUCCCCACGCAUCGUUUAGCGCGAGUGAUGCGCGAUCCAAGCAAGACACCCCUCGUCUUGGUCGCAGCUGGAAGUUUCAGUCCGAUAACUUAUUUGCAUCUGCGAAUGCAGGAGAUGGCGGCCGACUAUGCGAAAUUUAAUACAAACUACGAGUUAAUUGGAGGCUAUUUAUCGCCCGUAUCGGACGCUUAUAGAAAGGCAGGCCUGGCGAGUGCAGAGCACCGUCUUGCUAUGUGCCAAUUGGCUGUCGACGAGUCGUCCACUUGGUUGAUGAUUGAUUCGUGGGAGGCUUUGCAUAAGGAAUAUCAACCGACGGCCGUGGUGCUCGACCACAUCGAGCACGAAAUCAACGUUGUUCGCCAGGGCGUUGAUUGCGGGGAUGGCACCCGCAAGCAAGUCCGCGUGGCUCUUCUCGCUGGUGCCGAUCUGAUCCAUACCAUGUCAACACCGGGGGUGUGGAGUGAUAAGGAUUUGGACCACAUUCUAGGUCGCUAUGGUGCUUUCAUCGUCGAGCGCAGCGGCACUGAUAUCGACGAGGCUCUGGCCGCACUGCAACCAUGGCGCGAUAAUAUUCAUGUGAUUCAACAAUUGAUCCAAAACGACGUCAGCAGCACGAAAAUCAGACUCUUUCUGCGGCGGGAAAUGAGCGUGCGCUACUUGAUUCCUGCCCCGGUGAUCCACUACAUCGAGGAGCACCACCUAUACGAAGACGAUGGCGCCGGUAGCACGACCUCGGUUGACAAGGGGAAAGGAAAGGAUGAAUCCGCCUGA